AUGGCUUUAUCACAGGCUUUCUGGGGUCUAAUUGCCAAGUACAUGAUCGAUUAUGGUUUGACCAGUGAGCCAGACCAAAUCUUACAAAAAGUAGAGGAGGUUGGUAAGAAUAUUCAACAAUAUGAAUCUUCUUUUUUUAAAUCUUUAUACAAAAGAAAUCAGCCUUUCUCCCUUCCUUCUCUAAUUAAUAUCUUAACACUCAUUGUCAUUUUAUAUAUGUCCUUGAUCAUAAUCAACAGAGCCACUCGCAUUGCAUUAGCACUCUUCAGAACAUUAGCUACUAUCUCUUUUUUUUUGCUAAUGGUCUGUGCUGGUGUCUACUGGUUCCUAAAGGGUCAAUGA